GUGGGCGUUGAGGAGACGAAUCUUCGCCUCUCUCGUCAGUGAACCUCCAAGCCUCUCUCAAGUGUGUGGGUUGAAAAACUCACCUCAUCUCACCUAUUCCAUCCCCGAGUGCUCUUUGUUGUGCUAAAAAGUCCCAAUCCCAAUGACCGAAUAAACACGGAAUAGCAAUUACGAGUGAUCGAACAAAAUGGAUAACACCGGAUUAUUUAUUAUCGGAGUGUUUAUGGUGCUCAGUGCCUAUGGAUUUAAUCUUGAGUCCAGGAUACCUGUCAUAAAGCGAGGAAUAAGUGGUUCUUAUUUCGGUUAUUCCGUUGCUGAACAUCAGGAGGAGCCGGACAACAAUGCCCAGCGCUGGAUCUUAGUGGGCGCGCCUCUGGAUCAAAAUAGACAGCCUGGUACCAACAGAUCUGGGGCUUUAUGGCAGUGUCCACUGACCACGAAUACCAGUGACUGCAAGCAGGUCAUAACAGACGGCAGACUGACUGAAGAUGGUCUAAAUGGUCCAAAUAUCGAUUCAGACGAGUUGAUCCCACCCGGAAAUGACGAGAUAAAGGACGGUCAGUGGCUGGGUGUGACAGUCCGAAGCCAGGGCGUUGGAGGGAAGGUAAUGGUCUGUGCACACCGUCACAUAGUGAAGACAACUGACUCCCAAUGGGGCCAGGGCCAGUGCUACAUUCUGACGAACGAACUCAAGUAUCAAGACCUGAAGAAGCCGUGCUCAGGGAAGCCCACGGCCAAGGCGCACGAGCAGUUCGGGUACUGCCAGGCAGGCACCAGUGGAGUCCUCACUUCUGACGAUCGAGUGGUCAUCGGGACCCCUGGGCCCCACACCUGGAGGGGGACUCUGUACCUGUUCACGGUGUCUGAUGACUUUCUGGUGAGGGAUAGCACGGUCUAUCAUGCCCCCAUGCAGGACGCAUCGCCUGUUAAUAAGUACAGUUACCUGGGGAUGUCUGUUACUGUGGGGAACUUCUUCGGGAGUGGACUGAGCUACGCCUCGGGGGCCCCCAGGUCCAAUGGCACGGGACAGGUGGUGAUACUGACGAGAAAGGACAACAGACCCAACAUGGACGUGGCCCUGAUCCUCGAUGGCGAGCAGUUCGCCUCGUCCUUCGGCUACGAAAUAGCCGCCCUGGACGUGGAUGGUGACAAAAAAACCGACCUCGUGGUUUCAGCCCCCUUUUACUUCAACAAACUCGAAGAGGGGGCUGUUUACAUCUACACCUCCCUCUGCCGCAGCAACAGGGACUCCGAUAAGUGCCGGCCGACGAAGCUAGUCGGUCGCGAGGAGUCCCGAUUCGGCUUCGCCCUGGCUAACCUGGGGGACCUGAACCACGACGGUUUCGAGGAUUUGGCUAUCGGCGCCCCUUACGAGGGAAAAGGCACCGUCUACAUCUAUUUGGGGUCCAAGAAUGGAGUCCUGACGACUCCCUCUCAGGUCAUCCACUCAGAGGACACCCCAGUCCCCUUGCGGACAUUCGGUUACUCCCUGAGUGGUGGAAUAGACAUGGACAAGAACGGUUACCCAGAUCUGCUGAUAGGGGCUUACGACAACGACGCCGUUGUCCUCCUGAGGGCCCGCAAGAUCAUCGACAUCACGACGUUCAUCAGGUACUCGAAGAACAACUCUUACGUCGAAAAAAUCGAGCCCAUCGAUCCCAACAGGAUCGGCUGCCCUGCCGACCCCUCGUCGAACUUCACGUGCUUCGAGUUUGAGGCGUGCUGCAAGACCGAGUCUUUGAGGCAGAACGAGGGAAUGCAGAAUUUGAAGUUGAACUAUCAUAUCGAGGCCGAGACGUUCAUGGGACAGAAGAAGUUCUCGAGGGUCUGGUUCGAGGCUGGGAGGAACAAGGCGCAUUAUGUGAACAGAAAUGUCACGCUGGACACGACGAAGGUGAUGCAUUGCCAGAGGGAGGUGGUGUAUCUCAAGGAGAAUACCAGGGACAUUCAGUCGCCGAUAAAGUUCAGGGUGAAUUAUACACUCGUGCAGGACGAGCCCAGGAUGCCGAGGGAGGGGGAGGCCCUCACGGACAUCAAUAAUUAUCCGAUUCUCAAUCAGCAGGAGGCGGCGAGGGCCUUCGAGGCGAGCUUCCAGAAGGAUUGUGGGGACAAUGAUAUCUGCGAGAGCGAUAUGAGGGUCGAGGCUAAACUGAAACUGGCCCCUUCACCGAUUAAACCAAACUUCUACGAGCUCCUCCUCGGGGAAGUCGAGGAGGUGAUAGUGGACGUGAACGCAGUGAACAUCGGCGAGUCGGCGUACGAGGCCCAGCUCUUCGUCGCUCACUCCGCCAGCCUCAACUACAUCGCCUCAAAGAGCAACGAGUCCAUAAUCUGCAACCUCCACAACGCAACCCUCGUCAUCUGCGCGAUCGGCAACCCCUUCCGCAAGGACAACGCUGUCAGCCUCCAGAUCCGCUUCGAUCCAAAAGGCGUCGAGGACAACGAGCCCCAGUUGGGCUUCAAGAUCUUCGCCAACUCGACGUCCCAGGAGGUCAGCAAGAAGUCCCCCGUCAAUUUACAAGCGAUUGUCGUCAAGAGGGCGGAAUUGUCGAUAAAGGGAAGUGCCAAGACCCAGUGGGCGUACUACGGGGGUGACGUUGUGGGUGAGUCUGCGAUCAAGCGACUGGACCAGGUCGGCCCCAAGGUCUCUCACAUCUACGAAGUUUUCAAUGAGGGACCCUGGAAGGUCCGGACGGUCGAGGUCUUCAUCUCCUGGCCCUAUGAAGUGGCUAAUGACAAGCCUCAUGGCAAGUGGCUGCUGUACCUCGAGGACAAACCGAUCAUCAGUCACUCGGGGGAGUGCUUCCUUCCGGCGGGCUUCAAGGAGAAUCCUCUGAAUCUGCUGAGGAGCUCCAGCUACGAGGACCUCGAUCCCCUGUUCAACGCAGGGGAAGGCGCCCCUGCCGCCUACUGGAGGAACAGGACGACUGCCAAUCGUGUUAGGGAGAGGAGGGACACGGAGAAGGUGGUCAACACGAGGACUGUCGUCGAUGAUGAUGGACAUCGGCAUCAGGUGGUGUCCAUGAAUUGCAAAGCCGGCACUGCCAAGUGUUUCGACAUCCGCUGUAUAAUCUACAAUCUAGAACGAAAGCAAGAGGCCACGAUAACUGUCAAGGCCAGACUCUGGAAUUCAACUCUCGUCGAGGACUACCCCAAAGUCGACAAAGUCAAGAUAGGAUCCAACGCCAGGAUCGUCAUUCCCCCCAACAUCGAGAUCCAGCAGGAAGACCUCAAGAAUGAUCAUGCAAUCGCUGAAACCAUUGCAUAUCCAGACCUUGGAGACCAGCAGGACGCGGAGCCAGUCCCAAUUUGGAUAAUAAUUGUAGCCAUCGUUGCUGGAUUAUUACUUUUAAUCCUUUUAAUAAUCGUCCUAUGGAAACUUGGAUUUUUCAAACGUCGUAGGCCAGACCCAACUCUCUCUGGUAAUUUAGAAAAACAUAGGGAUGACAAUCCCGAGCAUGAGGCACUCUUCAAGCAUUGAGAGGAGAAAUUGAGAGGAAAAAAAAUUGAGAACAUGAGAAACUGCCAUUUACUAUUUCAAUUGGGAGAAAAAUAUUUUUCUUUGAAUUAAAACAGAUGAGAAAGACCAGAAUUGUGAAAAAGAGAAGACUUGAGCCUGUAAUUACGUACUAAUGGCCUUAUGUAUUUAUAAUAAUGAGUUUUUAACGUAGCACUCGACGAAAUGAUGCCUUGCAUUUAUGUGAUAGCUCACGAAAGGCAGAAUCCCAUCAAAAUAACUCCAAUACCAGUUAUUUUUUAACUAAUUGAUUAAUGUGAAGUAGUUUUUAAUGGUUUGAGUAUCUUUUUUUUACGUGAAAGAUCAGUAUUUUAUGAGUAACAUCUACUGCAGGUGCUGGUUUUCCUCUUUGGUGCUUGAUUUAUGGGAAAUAAUCACCAAAUUUUCACCUCUAAAUUUUAUUUCUUCAGUUGAAAAUCGAAUUUUGGGGAUUAUUUUGGGAUCCGGAGGCACUAAAGAUUUUUUAAACAAUUUUAAUGGUUAUUUUAAAUGUCUGAAGGUUGUUACAAAAAUUUAUUUUCACUAUUUACAAUUUACAAUUCGAUUAUUGAUGAUGGAAAUAAUUUCAUUGCAAUUUACUUAAUUGUAUGGAGGAAUGUGCGAUAAUUUUUAUAUGCAGUUCUAGGUGAUAAUUAUGUAAUUAAAUAUUUAUAUAACAUCUCCUGCAGCAGCUGAUCCUCGCCUUUGGAGCUCAAUUGCUCGGAAAAAAUCCUAAAAUUUUAACUAUUUCGUGUUUAAAUCCUAUUUUUUUAAUUACAAUCAAUUGAAAAUCAGUUUUUGGGAAUUAUCUUGUGAUCCAGAGGCAUUAAAAAUUUUUUUUUUAAUUUGAAUGGUUAUCUUAAACGUCUUAAGGUUGGUAAAAAAAAUUAUUGUCACUAUUUACAAUUGACAAUUUGAUUAUUGACGAUGAAAACAAUUUAAUUACAAUUUAAUUAAUUGUAUGGAGGAAUGUGCGAUCAUUUUUAUACGCAGCUCUAGGUGAUAACUAUGUAAUUAAAUAUUUACACAACGUUCUUUAUUUCGAAGACAGGAUAGUCAUAUUUAAUUUACGAAUUUCUAAUUUUCGUAUUUUAGAUAAAAUAUUUUCGUUAGGUGCAUUCAAAUCAUUAUCAAUAAUAUAUCGAGCAAUUGCUUCACUUGUUGUCAUCGCAAGAACAAUUCAUUCAUUAAAAAAAAUCAUUAGUUAAUGAACGACUUUUGGAGAAUGAAAAUCUGCAUUUUGGUACUUAAACCAUUUUCCUCAAGUUGAAAUCGAUAUUUCAAAUUGAUUAGUUGUUGAUAAAACAUUCCUAUUUCGCCUAAAAUUCAAUUUAACGAUCUGAAAAUCUUAGUUUCGAGAGUAACGAGUGCCCAAAAAUGGUUUAAGAAAUUAAAUCAUGAAUUUUUUUUUUAAAUUACGAUAAAAGUCUGAUAUCUGUUCAUCACUAGACUUGCGUGCUUACUCGAAUGUUCGGUGUUGAAACCAUUCGUCAUGUUUUAAAUUAAGGGGAUUACCUGAUCAUAAAUUAUAGAUGAUUCGUUUCGUUAAUACAAUGUAAAGAAUUUUUUAAAUAAAAUAUAUAUUAUUUAAGAGGU